AUGCCUCACUCAUUCGGUAUGCGCGCGCGCACGCGCCACAUGUUCAGGAAGGGGUUCAAGGACCACGGAAGCCCGAACCUCUCCACCUUCAUGGUCGACUACCGUGUCGGUGACAUUGUCGACAUCAAGGCCAACUCGUCUCAGCAGAAGGGUAUGCCCCACAAAUUCUACCACGGCAAGACCGGUAUCGUCUACAACGUGACCGCCCGGGCCGUCGGUGUCAUCUGCUACAAGGUCGUCAACGGCCGAUACCUCGAGAAGCGCGUCAACAUCCGGGUCGAGCACGUCAAGCACUCCAAGUGCCGGAAAGAGUUCCUGGACCGUGUCAAGUCCAACGCCGAGAAGAAGAAGGAGGCAAAGGCGACCGGGGAGCACAUUUCGCUCAAGCGUCUGCCAGCGCAGCCCCGCGAGUCCCGCCAGGUGUCCAUCAAGGGCAACGUUCCCCAGACUUUGACUGCUCUGCCUUACGAGACCACCAUCUAG